AUGGACGAGGCGAACUCGUACGAGGAGCAGCGCCGGAGGCAGAUCGAGCAGAACAAGCGCAAGCUGGAUGAGCUGCGGGUGCACAGGCUCUCCGCCGCCGUCCGCCAGGCCGCCGCCAAGCCCAUGCCGCUGCUGAUGCCGCGAAAUCCGAGGCUGGACGCCCCGACCCGGCGGUCCGGCCGCAUCGCCAGCCUCCCGGAGCAGCCCGACUACCGCAUCAGGAAGGCGAACGGCGAUGUAAAGACCGAAUCGCCCGAUCCAGUUCCAGCCUACGCGACCGACGAAGAGAGGGCCUACGCAGUCGCCAGGGCCGAACAGCUCAGGGGCCAGCUGUGCUCCGACUACCCAGCCUUCAUCAAGCCCAUGUCCCACAGCACCUCCACUAAAUCGAGUCAGCUGUAUAUCCCGGUGCACUUCGCCCAAUAUCUCCCCGUGCAUGAUGAGAUGAUGGUUCUGGUGGAUGAGGUGAACAAUAAAGAGUUUGCCAUGCUCUGCCGUGUCUGGCAUCAGAAGCGCUGCCUUAAAGAGUGGAGAGCGUUUUCUGCUUACCACCAGCUGGCUGAUGGUGACUGCUUGGUGUUGCAGCUGAUAGAGAGGAGAAAAUUCAAGAGAUUUUUGUAUGGUGGUUAUUACUCUUCAACCCCCUGCAUCGAUUGGAUCAAUUGCCUUGUGAGCCUGCUGGCUCGAAGGCCCGGCGGUGGCAGAUCAAGCCUGAGCGGCAUUUUCUCCACAGCCACAGAUGGUUCACAGUUUAGCAUGUCGAUUAGGAAGGCAUUUGCAUUUUCCCGUACUAUAGUCACAGAGCGUUAG